CGCAUGUUUCUUCCUUUUUCAUUCACAGAUGUACAUAUCUAUGUACAGUCAUUGAGACCCGUCCACACGCAGUGCUCCCAAGCGACAAAGCGAAACAAGGACAGCAGAAUGAAUGAAUGGGUGAGAGGAAUCGAACGCACAGACAAUGAACGCCAUCUUAGCCACUCUCGCGGAUGUUGUCCUGGAAUUUCUGAAUAAAGGAUGACAGGUUGUCCACAAUGGAAUCCUGAGCAAAACCACGGUCGUCCGCCUCCCUAUCCAAAGACACAAAAGACGCACGGGCAGACAUAUAUACAGACCCAGAGCAAUGUCUCUCCACUGUCCGUUUGCGUUGCAUUCCUCUGCUGACUUUUCGAUGUCUUCUCUGAGUUUUUGCACGGCGAGGGCCGCCAACUGCUCGCCCUUGAGCUGCCUCUUCUCCAGCUUGUCCUGCUCGACGGUCGUGUCGUCUCGAAGCUUGUCGAUCUGAGAGACAGCGGUGGAAGCUGUGUGAUGUGAUGUCUGGUGUCGGUGGUAUGUCUCUCUCUCUCUCUCACCAUGACUUCCAGCUUGAAUCUUUCCUGCUCCAGAUCUUUCCUGUGCACAUCAAAGUGCUCCCUCAUCUUUUGCGCGACCUCUUUCUGCACCAUCAAUGGUGAGACAACGAGUGCAGUGCAGCACGCAUGUCACUUUCUGGCUGGUUGGCUGUGUGGAUGCUGUGAGUGAGUGGCUGACUGACCUCUUUCUGCAGUCUGUGUUUCCUCUCUGUCUCGAGCCCCUCGUUGAGGUGCUCCACGUUCUUCUGUACCGCACCCAGUGUGUCCUCUACAGCCUUGACGCGCUCGUCCUUCUCCUGGCAAUCGGGUGAUGCGGACAAAGAAGAAAACAGUCCGGUCUAUGCGGUGUCUGUCUCUCGCACCUUUUGCAGCUCUUCAAAGCAUUUCUCAAUCUGCUGGUCCAGCACUUUGAUGUCACCCCUGCAGGAAGGAGACAGCAAGAGAGAGAGACACACACACAGACAGAUGCAUGCAUUUGCGCGGUGGGCUUUUCGCGCACUUGAGCUCUUCGUAUCGCUCCUCCAGAGCUGCCUUCUGCUCUUCCCGGAGACUUGACAAAUCGAACUCAAAUUUCUGAAUACACAAAGGCGAGGCGGACAGUCGGAUGGAAAGGCGAGAAAAUGGCGUUAUUGGUGUUCAUGUUAUCAUUACGCUUUGGAAGGACUUGAUGAUGUCCAUCAGCCUCUUGGUCUCUGCAGGACAGACAGACAGACAGACAGACAGACAGACACCAACAUACUGCACGGGAGUGAAGCCAUCCCCAUCGACCCGCCCAGGUGACCUGCUUGGAUGAGGUUGUUUGUUGCUUGUAUCCUCAUAAGCACAUCCUGGUGCCUCUCCUCCUGCAAUCGUCUCUGCUCCUCACGCAUACGCUGCGCCUCCUCAAACACACGAGCCAUCGCCAUCACCUGCAUCGAUCACACACAGACAGACAGCCAUCCACACACGAAGGGGGUGAGUGGUUGUGUCUUUGCCUCGCGCACCUGUCCCGCCAGCGCAUUGAGUUUCUCGUCUUUGCUGCUGGGAAGGUCUUCCUUUCUUGUUGUCCUCUCCAUGCCCUCUGACCCCUCCACUGCCCUCCUCUCGAUGGCCUUGGCGCCCACACUGCUCCUCAGCUCCGCCUCCCUGACCAUGAAUCAUCAAUCAGAAUGGGUGGAUCGCUACAUGCACCGCAUACACGAUUCCGUCUGGGCCGUACGUACCUGAUGGUCAUGACUUGGCUCUUGUUCAGGCCGUCUGCUUCGUGCUUGCCCAGUCCCCCAACAGAGCGCUUCUUGUGGCUUCCAGCCGGACUGGACACCUCGGCAUUCCGCAAACGGCUACGCGUCGACAUCGGACUAUCAGAGGCAAGAAGCGACGGAGUACUGAAAGGGAUC